AUCUUAUUUUGAUGUUAGAUUCUCCAAAAAGGGCUUCAGCCAAAUCACAGUUGCAUGAGAUAUGUGCUGCAAACAAUUGGAAGCAUCCAUUUUAUGAGUGUUGCAAGGAGGAAGGCCCUUGCCACAUGAAAUUGUUCUCGUAUUUCAAAGUCGUUGUUGAGAUGCAAGAAGGAUCGUUGAAAACAAUUUUAGAGUGCUUUAGUGACCCUCGGCCAAAGAAGAAAAUGGCGGCCGAUCAUGCAGCUGAGGGUGCGUUGUGGUAUUUGAGACAUGUUGGGUGUUUUCCACCUAACAAGCUUUCAAAGGACUCGUGAUUCAUUGGAACACACACAAAGGACAAAAUAACUGGUUGUU